UCGGGCCAGUCAGUCUGGUCUAGGUCUAGGCUAGAGUAGUAGAGCUCUAUGAAUAGAUUACGAAAAUCGAUUCAGGGACUUUUGGCUGUUCAUUUCGGGAAGCAGCGUUUGGAGAAGCCAAGCAAGUUGGCGGUGGCAAUUGUCUACAGGCGGCAUCCUGAGACCCUUGCUGUGGACGGCAGCCAUAGCCGGCCUUCCGAAGGUUGCCGGAGCUGGGGCAUCCUCAGCGCAUCUACCCCAGAGGGUAUCUGCGACGUGUGGUCAGAUCUUGGGCGCCCGGAUGGAAUCUAUCCUAAGCAGGUGGACACAAUGCUCAUUCAUGUGACAUCUGAUCCUCGCCCAAGGACAGCACUCUGUGGUGACUACUUUUUCAACUACUUCACACGCGGUGUGGAUAUCCUUUUUGAUGGACGGACACACAGGAUAAAGAAGUUCGUUCUUCAUUCGAACUACCCAGGUCAUCCGGACUUCAACAUGUACAUCAAGUGCAACUUCAGCAUCGAUUGUCCUGCUGGUAUGGCGGUGCGAAGGAAUGACCACCGACUCACGGAAGCCACAAGAUCUUCUGCGGACGGGUCAAGGCGGAUCACCGUGGAUACGAAAUGGGAAGAAAUUCAGUCUAUUCUGGGUGAUGGCGGGAGAGCGGCCAUUCAAACACGGGGAUCCAUUGACAAUCCCUUCGGUCCGACACGUGUGUAUGGCUAUCGGAAUGUUGUUUUCGAGGUGAUGAAGAACGGACACAUCGCUACCGUUACCCUGUUUCAGGCGACCCCGACGUGAUCAAUCUCAUCCAUCUAUUAGAAAGAGAGUUCUCUCGCUGUGCGUAAGGGGAAGAAAUUCCCCCUGCUAUAUUCGUUUCGUUGCUCGAGGGUGUGAAGCAGGCAGUUCUCACGGGAAAACGGAUCGCACAGCAGGGACCGGCUGCACUGCCUAGAGAGGGUUUUUUCAGGAAGGCUGCUGUGACGACGAAAGAUAAGAGGUGCAACCUGAAUGAAGUACAAGGAUGAAGAGCUUUUACUUCUUGAGUCUCAUUUGGUGGAGUUUUGCAAGUGAGCAUCGGUGGGCCUUUACAGAUUACGUUUCACCUGCUUUGCUAGCAGAGGCAGAAUCCUUGAGGUUGGUCAGUACCCCAGCUGUGCAAGAUCAGUAAGCAGCCAUAAUCUUUUCGUAAAUGUGACAGCUCUGCAAACUUCGCAAAUAUGCCAGCUCUGCUCUGAGCGGUGUAGCGUCCUGCUGGGCUUAGAAGCCUAUGGUGGCCUUGCAAUCUUCAUGAAUAUACCGGCUGAAAAAUGUUAUGGGCGGUGUGUGUGUCCUGUUGAGCCUAGGAGCCUUUAGGAGCCUUUCUUGUGGGCUGCCGUACCGCAAACACUGUUGUAUUGUAGCACGGCACGGCUAGUGGCAACGCUCAUGCGACUUCAGUAGCGUAUUAUGAUGAUGUACUGUAUUAUGAUGCUGUAUUAACCGGUAUGUAUGUACUAAGUACUUGUGUGAUUCUUUAGUGCUGUUUAUGCGCCAGGCCGGGAGGUGGAUCAUCAUGUGGGUAUUUUUCUGGCCCUUGAAAUGCAGUGUUGUCGUCCACUUGCUGUGCAAGGCACAUUGCAGGUGUCGAAGCUGAGCCGGCAGGUGGAUCAUCCAUCAUGUGGGUAUUUUUCUGGAUGUUUUGAUGUGUUGUAGAGAACUUAGAGAAGCCUGUACAUAGAACUCCAUUGAGCAGAGAGUUAGAGGGGAGGAAAUGGAGGGGCAGGGGGGGGGGGAGAGRGGGGGGGGCACUGGGUUUCAUUUAUUAAUUUGACGCCUUUGUCAGAGGAGUGAACAAUGGAUACGGGAAAGCAAAAUGCCAAAUGGAGGGAGACAUCCAGAUGGCAGACUCGACAGAGGCAAGCAAAUGGCAGAUGGCCGUACUAGGCCCGAUAAGCAGCGCUAAGCAAGAGGGUUGAGCCAGCUGAUAAGACCUACCUGCCCUGUUGGGGGUUCAUGUGUAUUGAUGACGGGCCGGUAGCAGCAGCCUGUGUGGCAAAUGCAAGGCAUGCUGGACUUUGUGUAUGGUUGUUGAGUCUGGACUCUAGCCACAAAAGAAAGCGAUGCUUGUACGGAGGGAUCCCUUGAGUGGGGGAAGCAAGGGGAUUGAACCAGCUGAUAAAACCUACCUGGGUCCUGUUGGGGCCUCAUGUGUCUGUUUUCCUUCUCCCCUCUCUCUCUCUCUCUCUCUCUCUCUCUCUCUCUCUCUCUCUCUCUCUCUCUCUCUCUCUCUCUCUCUCUUCUGUUUCUCUCUCUGUGGCACAAGUUCAGACUCCGUACGGACUGUCGAGGAGAGGUCAUUGUUUUUUCACACCUUUUCUUUUUUUGUGUAGGGAAGAAGAGACAGGAGUGCAGCAAGAAAGUAGAGACUGGCUGUAGUCCAUAUGCGUACAAGGAGACACAGAGUGACCAGUAAGGAGGAGGGGUGGAGAGAGAGGCAUUGCUCGGUGCUGUGUUGUCAUCACUGGUUGAAUUUGCUGUUUUGGCAGCAAGCAGCACAACAGUCCUCACGACAUCGCCUACCAAGCUGCAGUUCAGGAUGCACUCUGGCCACCAUAUCAGUUAGGAGUCUGUCAUGAUGUCAGGUCAGAUGGGUGGUUUGUUUCUCGAGUGUGUUCAUCUCUCUUGCUGAAGGGUGCCUUUGGAGUAUCGACAUCACGGUGGUGGGGUCCUUUUGUAAAGCUGGAGGGGGCUCCCAAGACGCGGGAAAGCCCUGGCAGUGCAGCGACCCGGUGAUAGCAACGGGUGAUCUUCUAGUUGCUGCAGUGCUGACAACUGUCCCUGCCAGGAGUUUACUCACCUGCUUGUGAUUGUAAUUUACUUUUCUCUUUGUUGUGUUUGUUGUCCUUUGUACUUGAGUAAACGAUGAUAAUGUUCACUGGGACUCUUGUGUUCAUUCUCUGGCCUCAGAGUGAGACGCAGCGCUUCAUUCCGGAGGGAGGGUCCAGAAGAAAGCCCCUUGACAAGGGGUAGUGGGGUCGGGGCCUUUGAAUUUUGAGACUCUCUAGGCCUGAUGCACCUUAGGCUCGAGGGAGGCGUACAGCGAAGCAGGCACGAUUUCGGUGAGGUUCCCUCUCUCAUGGCAAGUAAGGCGCUUUCUUCAGUUCUGGUCCCCGUGUGCGUGGGUGCUAAUCUGGCCAAGAGGAUGGGGAGCAUGCACGCAAACGACUGAGCAACAGGCGGCCACAUAGUCGGUAGUAUUCCGUCAUUUGGGAAAAGAAGUCUGUCAAGGGUUUGACUUUCCUACUUAGCUGGAAAAGAAGUCUGUCAAGGGCUUGACUUUCCUACUUAGCUGCUGAUUUUGAUUUGUUUUUCUUUUUACAGUACAACAAGGUUUCCACAUUGCUCAGGGCUGGCCGCUGAGUAAUUCAAAGAGGAGCUGAAUGUUCACUCCAUGAUUCACAGUACUAGGUUUCCACAACAUAGAGCUUGAUGCCAGGCAUUGUCACCCGCAUUUUGUAAAUAAAAUAUGUACAUGAGG